UGCAAUUGGCCUGUCAGUCUAUAGCAACCCCACUAGCUUAACCAAUCACCUCCACUCUGUAUUUCUCUCCUCUCUCUCUCCCUAGUUGUUUAGCAGCCUCCCUGUUAUACCAAUCCCAAUUUGUCCAGUGUCAAGUUCAGAGAAACAAAGAUUCACCCAGAUAUUGGGAGAAAUUACACAAGUUUUUCCUGAGCUCUUUCCCCUUAGAAAGAUGCAAUCUUUCUAUAUUGCAACCUGAAAUCAUCCAUCUCACCACAUGGGGAAAGGUUGAGGGAACAGUGAAAAGGAUAAGAUUAAUUGUAUAGUCAUCCGACGCAGGCACGUAAUAGUAUGGUUUGAAGAUAGGACAGAGAGAGUUGAUAGAAAAAAAAAAGUUAGCUUCUUGAAAACAAUUUUGGGAGAUGUCAAGUGGGGGUUGUAGUAUUGUAUGGUUCAGAAGGGAUCUGAGAGUAGAAGAUAAUCCAGCCUUAGCAGCUGGAGUUAGAGCUGGAGCAGUUGUUGCUGUGUUUAUUUGGUCACCUGAGGAAGAGGGUCACUUCUAUCCUGGAAGGGUCUCAAGAUGGUGGCUCAAGCAGAGUUUAGCCCAUCUUGAUUCUUCUUUGAGGAGCCUUGGCACUGCACUUAUCACAAAGAGAUCUAGCAAUACUAUUUCUACAUUACUUGAAGUUAUCAAGUCUACUGGAGCUACUCAGCUCUUCUUCAACCAUUUAUAUGACCCCUUGUCGCUUGUCCGGGAUCACCGUGCAAAGGAAGUUCUAACAGCUCAAGGUGUAGCUGUACGCUCCUUUAAUGCUGACCUGUUUUAUGAACCUUGGGAAAUCCACGAUGAGGAAGGUCGUCCAUUCAGAACUUUUGCAUCUUUCUGGGAGAGAUGCCUCAGCAUGCCUUACGACCCCGACUCUCCACUGCUUCCGCCCAAAAGAAUUAUCUCUGGAGACGUCACUGGAUGCCCUUCGGACAUUUUAGUCUUUGAAGAUGAGUCAGAAAAAGGAAGUAAUGCACUUCUCGCUCGAGCAUGGUCGCCUGGGUGGAGUAAUGCUGACAAGGCACUAACUACCUUCAUUAAUGGGGCACUAAUUGAGUACUCAAAGAACCGCCGAAAGGCCGAUAGCGCCACAACCUCGUUUCUUUCUCCCCGUUUACAUUUUGGGGAAGUCAGUGUAAGAAAGGUUUUCCAUCUUGUUCGCAUCAAGCAAGUUCUAUGGGCCAAUGAGGGAAAUAAAGCUGGUGAAGAGAGUGUCAACCUAUUCCUCAAGUCUAUUGGUCUCAGAGAAUAUUCAAGAUACAUGAGCUUCAAUCAUCCUUACAGCCAUGAAAGGCCCCUGCUUGGCCACCUAAAGUAUUUCCCUUGGGUAGUGGAUGAGGGAUACUUUAAGGCAUGGAGGCAAGGAAGAACUGGUUAUCCUUUAGUAGAUGCUGGUAUGAGAGAGCUUUGGGCAACUGGUUGGCUACAUGAUCGAAUACGAGUUGUUGUCUCUAGUUUCUUUGUUAAGGUUCUGCAACUCCCCUGGAGGUGGGGUAUGAAGUAUUUCUGGGACACACUACUGGAUGCAGAUCUCGAGAGUGAUGCUCUUGGUUGGCAAUAUAUUUCUGGUACUCUCCCUGAUAGUCGUGAGUUUGACCGCAUUGAUAAUCCACAGUUUGAGGGAUAUAAAUUUGAUCCCCAUGGAGAGUAUGUUCGAAGAUGGCUUCCUGAACUUGCUAGGCUACCUACUGAUUGGAUACACCAUCCUUGGGACGCACCAGAAUCAGUCCUCCAAGCUGCUGGUGUUGAACUAGGUUCCAAUUAUCCUCUUCCAAUUGUUGAAAUAGAUGCAGCAAAGGUCAGGUUGCAAGAGGCGCUUUCACAGAUGUGGCAGAAUGCAGCAGUGUCAAGAGCUGCACUUGAAAAUGGAACAGAAGAAGGACUUGGGGACUCCUCUGAAUCAGGCCCCUUUGCCUUUCCUCAGGACAUGCAAGUGGAGAUGGAUCAGGAACCUGCUAGAAAUAAUAAUGCUGCAACCACAACCAUCCGACGUUAUGAAGAUCAGAUGGUCCCAAGCAUGACUUCAUCAUUGGUGAGAACGGAAUAUGAUGAAACUUCAUUUUAUAUGAGAAAUUCUGUAGAAAAUAGAGCAGAAGUGCCAAGAACUGUUAAUGUAACUGAAGAACCUGCAAGAGAAGUAACUACCCGCCCUCCCAGGCACACAGUUCAGAGUAACAACAUUAUGCCUGUAUAUAAUUUUACAAUAGGACGAAGAAACUCUGAGGACUCAACAGCAGAAUCUUCCAGCAGUGGUAGACGAGAAAGGGAUGGAGGCAUAGUUCCAGUUUGGUCUCCCUCAAGUUCAAAUUUUUCGGAUCCAUUUGCUGCAGAAGACAAUGGCAUAGGAACUAGUGCUUCAUACUUGCAGAGGCAUCCGCAGUCUCAUCAGCUAAUGUACUGGAGGGGGCUCCCUCAAACUGGGUGAGCCCGUACAAAUCACUAGCUAUUAGGCAAAAGCUGGACAAUCUAAAAUGAUGGUUACAAUUGGCCUCUGACUGCUAAAUUAGCUCCUGAUGCCUGGCGUUCACAUCCUUCCUCUCUGACCCAAUCAGCUGUGGAACUGUGUCCAAAAUUUAUGAAAUCAGAUUGGGGGGUCUGUCUGUAUUCUCUCCUCGCCCCAUCGGUGCUGCAGAUGUGGCUCAGCUGUAUAGUGUAUGAUAUCCUCUAAGCACAGAUGAGUGUUUUAGAAUAGGGAUAUGCUGUAGUGAUAUAAUCUAAAUAGGAUCGAGGUUUUGGUUUUCUGAGUGUAGGCUGAUUAUAGCUGAUGUUAUAAUCACCAAUAAAGCGAUCUCCUUUUUCUUCCCCCGAAGUCCCUUAUUACUGUAUCAGAAAAAUACUGUAGGAUUGUGCGCUAGCUAUGCUUUGUCUGAGGGUGUGCCUGGUAUAUUUUUGACAGUCCGUGGCUCAGUGGGAUGUUGAACAUUAACUCUCCCUGCCUUAUAAAUGAAAUGAAAGUUUUUCAGUUUGGAAAUGCUUUUAUUCA